AUGGCCAAGGGCGAGGUGGAGGAGAGCCGCGCCGACUGGGUGGCCGUGGAGGCGCAGUUCCAGAAUGGCGAGGGCGGCGCGAACCAGCCCGCCAAGGCCAAGACGGCCUACAUGUUCUUCCAGAAGCACGCCAUGGACGCCGUCAAGAGCGACCUGCAGGCGCGCGCGGCCGAGCGCAACGAGCCCAUGGAGCUGGGCAGCAUCUCCAAGGAGAUCAGCGCGCGCUGGGCGCAGCUGUCGGCGGGCGAGCGCGAGGAGUUCGUGGAGCUGGCGGCGGCGGACAAGAAGCGCUACGACGACGAGUGCCGCGCGCGCGACGAAGAGGUCGAGCGUGAGCGCGCCAGGAAGCGCGAGGAGCUCUACGGCGCCGUGGAGGGCAAGCGCGAGCGCAAGAAGACGAAGCCCAAGCGCCAGCCGCGCGAGCUCACGGAGAAGCAGCUUGAAGCCAAGAGACUGAGACAGGAGAUCCGACAGCAGGAGAUCGACGAGCGCGACGAGCUCAAGGCCGAGGAGAAGCGCCAGAAGGACGAGCUCGCCAAGAAGAAGUCCGAGAUCGCGUCGGCCAGACUCAAGUACCUGCUCUCUCAGAGCGACAUCUUCGCGCACUUCAGCGGCCAAGUGAAGAACAAGAAGGGUAAGAAGGGCGCGGCCUUGGACGCCGAUGCCGACGCCGAGACGGGAGACGGGAAGGGCAAGAAGAAGGGCAAGAAGCGCGCCAACGACGAGGAAGACGAGAUGGACUCGUCCCACCACGUGGGCGUGCGGCUCACCAAGCAGCCGUCCGUGAUCAAGUUCGGCACCAUGCGCGCGUAUCAACUGGAAGGACUGAGCUGGAUGGUCAACCUUGCCCACCAGGGCAUCAACGGUAUCCUGGCUGAUGAAAUGGGUCUCGGUAAGACCCUGCAGACGAUCUCGGUGCUGGCCUACUUCUACGAGUUUGAGAACGUUACCGGCCCGCACAUUGUGCUGGUGCCCAAGUCCACGCUGAGUAACUGGCUGGCGGAGUUCGAGCGCUGGUGCCCGUCGCUGCGUGCUGUCAAGUUCCACGGCAACAAGGAGGAGCGUCAGCGCGUUGUGCAGGAGGUGCUGUGCCCUGGUCUGCCCGACAGCAAGCGCAAAUUCGACGUGUGCGUGACUACCUUCGAGAUGUGCCUGAAGGAGAAGACGGCGCUGUGCAAGUUUGCGUGGAGAUACCUUAUUAUCGAUGAGGCUCACCGUAUCAAGAACGAAAGCUCCCAGUUCUCGACUGUCGUACGUAUGCUGGACACGGAGCACCGCUUGCUGCUGACGGGCACGCCGCUUCAGAACAACCUGCACGAACUGUGGGCCUUGCUCAACUUCUUGCUGCCGGAUGUGUUCGCAUCCUCGCAGGAAUUCGACGACUGGUUCAACCUUGACGUGGACGAUGACGAAGCCAAGAAGCAGAUGAUCAGCCAGUUGCACAAGAUUCUCCGUCCGUUUAUGCUGCGUCGUCUGAAGGCGGAUGUCGAGAAGAGUCUCCCGCCGAAGAAGGAAACGCUGCUGUUCGUGGGCAUGUCUGAGAUGCAGAAGGUGCUGUACAAGUCGCUGUUGCUGCGUGAUAUGAACACGAUCAUGGGCGGAGCGGGCGGUGUGUCCAAGAGCGCCCUGCAGAACAUUGUCAUGCAGUUGCGAAAGUGCUGUGGCCACCCGUACCUGUUCGAAGGCCAGGAAGACCGAACUCUCGAUCCGCUUGGAGAGCACGUCGUGGAUAACUGCGGUAAAAUGGUGUUGAUGGACAAGCUGCUGAAGAAGCUGAAGCAGCGGGGCUCUCGCGUUCUGAUCUUCACUCAGAUGACUCGUGUUCUGGACAUCAUGGAGGAUUUCUGCCGCAUGCGCCAGUAUGACUACUGCCGUAUCGAUGGUCAGACCUCCUACGAAGAUCGUGAAAGCUCCAUCGAUGAGUAUAACAAGCCGAACUCGUCCAAGUUCCUGUUCCUGUUAUCUACGCGUGCAGGCGGUCUUGGUAUUAACCUGUACACAGCUGACGUUGUGAUUCUGUAUGAUUCCGACUGGAACCCGCAAGCCGACUUGCAGGCCCAGGACCGUGCGCAUCGUAUCGGUCAGAAGAAGGAAGUGAAUGUGUACCGAUUGGUUACCACUGACUCGGUGGAGGAGAAGAUCAUUGAGCGCGCGCAGCAGAAGCUGAAGCUGGAUGCUAUGGUGGUGCAGCAAGGCCGUCUGCAAGAAAAGCAGGCCAAACUUUCGAAGAAUGAUAUGCUGGAGAUGAUUCGCUUCGGUGCUGACCAAGUGUUCCGCACCACGGACUCGACCAUUACCGAUGAAGAUAUUGACGCAAUUCUUGCCAAGGGUGAGCAGCGCACCGAGGAAAUGAAGCAAAAGAUGCAGGCGCACGAUAAGGGUGACAUGCUUGACUUCAAGCUUGACGGCGGAGGUUGCCAGAACCAUGACGGUGUCGAUUACUCGAACGAGAAGGAACGUCAGGAGGAGCUGAAGCGUCUUGCGGAUGCCGAGCUUGCGAGGCAGAUGGCCGAGGGCAUGGGCAAGCGUGAACGCCGCACUGUUCUUCGUAGCAAUCACGUGUCGCUCGAAAGUAAGCAUAGGUCGAAGCAGAAGCAAUUGCCCAAGGCUUUGCGCUUGCCUCGCAUGGACGAGUGGCAAUUCUACAACCGCAAGAGGCUGAUUGAGCUGCACGAGAUCGAGUGUGCGAACUACGAGCAAGCCAAGGCGGAAAUGGAGAAACCGCCUCUUCCGCCGCACGCUCAGUACCUCACUGAGGAGCAGCUUAAGGAGAAGGAGCAGCUGUUGUCCGAGGCUUACGGCGAUUGGAACAAGCCCCAAUUCUUCCUGUUCAUCAAGUUGCUCGCUCGUUAUGGCCGCGGAAACAUCGAAGCGGUGGCCCGCGAAAUGAUGAAGCCGCUUGAAGAGGUUGAGCGCUACUCGAAGAUUUUCCUUGCCCGUGGACAGGAUGAGCUGAGUGACUGGCACAAAAUCAUGAAGUCUAUUGAAAAGGGCGAGUCGAAGCUGCUCGAAAUCGAGCGUUUGACCGAGGAAACGGCUCGUAAGGUGAAGCGGUACGCGAACCCGUGGGAGGACAUGCCGAUCAACUACCAGGGUAAGGGUGGUAAGGUUUUUACCGAAGAGGAAGACCGUGUGUUGUUGUGUCUUGUCAACCAGUUUGGCUACGGAGCGUGGGACCGCAUCAAGCAGGAAAUCUGCAGCAUGGAGAUGUUCGCUUUCGACUAUUACCUUCGCUCUCGCACGGCGGCUGAGAUUGGUCGUCGGUGUGACUCGUUGAUGCGCAUUUGCGGGAAGGACAACGCCGACCUGGAGAUUCGUGAGAAGAAGGAGCACGAUGCUCGCCACGUUUUGCAAGAGCAGCGCGAGAAGCUUGACCGCCAACUUGCCGCAGCACGUGCCGAUGUGAAGCAGCACCAAUCUCGCGUGGAUGAGUUGAUUAUGAAGGAGGCUAAGCGCAUGCAGAUGCAACGUGAAGCCAAGCGCGCGAAGAAGCGCAAGGAGCGCGACCAGAACGAAGAGAUGGUGGACCAGCACACGGAGGCGCUGGUGUCGUUCUUGCUUAAGGCAACGAGCAUGGAUGCGGCCAAGGUCGCGCUCGACUUCAGUGCUAAGAUUCGUGAGGAGAAGCAUGAAGAGCUGCAGCCGUCGUAUGUGCUCAAGAAGAUUCGCCAGGUCGCUGAACAGGACGAGAGAGCCACCAAGGGCGCUUUGGCCUGGACGAUCAAGGAGGAGUUCGCGAAUUUCGGCUUGAAGAAGGAGAGCAAGGUGCUCAAGCAAGAGCACAUGACAGACGUAAGCGGCUCAAGCUCGACACCUGUUAAAUCCGAGGACAAGAGCCGUCUGCCCAGGUCGCCGUGGUCUCCGACGGCAAUGAAGCACCAGCAAAAGGUCAAGAAGGAGAAAAAGGUCAAGAAGGAAGGCAGCUUGAACCGUGUGCGUAAACCUCGCACUGCGUACGUGCUGUACAGUCUCGCCUCCCGGGUCGAAGUGAAGAAGUCGCUGGGCGAGAACGCGCAGAUGGUCGAGGUCAUGCGCGUGAUCUCGCAGAACUGGAAGGAGAUGAGUCCCGAAGACAAAGCGCCAUGGGUGGAUGCAGCGAGGGAGGAUGAGCUGCGCUACGAGAACGAGAUGAACGAGACGACGGCGUAA